AUUAGGGUUUGAUUUUCAUUCUCUCUCUGAAACGACCACCUCUCCCUCAUCCUUUCCUCUUCUAAGCGAAAAAACUCCAACUUGAACCUUAGCUUCUUCCUCCCUCUAUAUAUAAUUUCUUAAGCUCUCUGCCGAAGGAGGAGAGAAAAUCUGGAAAAAUCAUAUUUAUACUUUCAAUUUUUGUAUUCUAUCUCUCUCAAGUUUUAAUUCGAAAUUCAAAGGGGUAGAUCUGAAACGACCUCUGCGCCUCUGUUUCACUGCCCUAUAAAAGUAGGAAGUAGACCUUGUACAUGCAAAGACAUUUUACCAUGUCUGCUGAUCCUGCUUUGGUGGAUGAGGAUGCUUCGUCAGGCUCAGGAGGGGACUUAAACAUGUUAGAUGGAAACAAUAAGCAUCAACCUGUAACACCAAAUUCGGGUCGUCGCAAGAGAGGUCGCAAGGCAACUGGUGAUGCUAUUGUUGAUGCUAUGCUGGAAAUUGCAGCUGCUUCAAAGAUGAGGGCAGCUGCCAUUAUGAGGAAUGAGGAGCGCUUUGCUAUAAGCAAAUGCAUAAAAGUAUUGGAUGAAAUGCAAGGUGUUGAUCAAAGUAUCUACUUUUUUGCAUUAGAUCUGUUUGAGAAUCCAAAUGCCAGAGAAACCUUCAUCUCUCUUAAGAAUGAGAGACGGUUGACAUGGUUGCAGUGCAAGUUUAACACCUCGGCAAAUGCAGCUAACAGAUGAACUUAAGAACCCUGUUACAAUUCUAUUAGUUCUUGACCUUGAUUUAGGGGAUUUUUGCCAAGACUUUGACUGUAUAUUAUUAUUAGUUCUUGACAUUUAAAUAGAGGAUUUUAUCUGGGAGGACUGUAUAUUUAGUUUCUCCUCUGUUUGAGUAUAACCAGAGAGCAUUUUGUAAGAUUUCUGUAGGUAUCCUCUUUAAGAUUUAUCUUAUUUUCAAGUA